GAAUUAUAGUGGGCGCGGCCAGGUGGCGGAGACGGAAAUGCUCGCCCUCUCAUUGGUCGAACGGGUCCUUAUGCUAAUGAGAGGGCGUGUCCCGGGUGCCGGAGACUCUCAGCCCUCAUUGUGUUAGGAUCCUCCGGUAACACACACCGGGACCUGGACCGGUGCUCACCGGGACUAGCGGACCAGGAGCAUCAUGGAACAUAACAUCCGGUCGAAUGGAGGAUAUUAGAUAUUAGAUACAUAUAAUAUAACAAAUAAAUAAAAUAUAUCAUACCGAUAUCGGCUCGGCGGACCGCGAGGCCUCCUUCCUGCAUGGCGUGGUAACAUCACUUCCUGCCCCGCCCCUUCACCGCCUCAGACACAAUGGGCCGUCCUGGUUGGCUGUCGCCGUGGGAACCGUCUCCAGUGCUGCUCGUCCUAUUGGUGCUGGCUUCCCCCAUCCGGGCUGAAGCCCCGCCCUUCCCCAUGGACCUGCAGCCAAUCAGCGUGGUCCGCUGGGAGGACUCGCGGCGGUUCCCGGUCUUCCAGGGUCUGCAGCCGGACAACGACACGCGGCGGCUCGGCCUGGACUACCAGACCAUGACCCGGGUCAGGAGCACCCUGUACAUAGCAGCCAGGGAUCACGUGUUUGCGGUCAACCUCAGCAGAGCGGCCCAGGACCUGGACCUGACCCCCCAGCUGCGGCUGACCUGGACGUCUGAAGACAUCAACACGUGUUCAGUGAGAGGAAAGAAGAGGGAUGAGUGUCAUAACUACAUUAAGGUUCUGGUUCCGAGGGACGAUGAGACUCUGUUUACCUGUGGAACCAACGCCUUCAACCCCACCUGUCGCCACUACCAGAUGAGCAGUCUUCAGCAGGUUGGGUCAGACCUCCCUGGUCAGGCCCGCUGUCCCUUUGAGUCGAGCCAAUCCAGCGUGGGCCUGUUCUCAGGUGGAGACUUCUACUCCGCCACGGUGACGGACUUCCUGGCAAGCGAUGCUGUGAUCUACCGUAGCCUUGGCGACGGGCGGCCCGUCCUCCGCACCGUCAAGUACGACUCCAAGUGGCUCCGUGAGCCCCGGUUCCUCCAUGCUAUCGACUACGGCAGCUACGUCUACUUCUUCUUCAGCGAGAUCUCUGUGGAGUACACAGCGCUGGGCAAGGUGGUGUUUUCCCGCGUUGCCCGGGUCUGUAAGAACGAUAACGGAGGAUCGCCGAGAGUCCUGGAGAAAUACUGGACCUCCUACCUGAAGGCCAGGUUGAACUGCUCGGUUCCUGGUGAUUCCUUCUUCUACUUCGAUGUGCUCCAGUCUCUGAGCGACGUGCUGCAGGUGAACCAGCGUCCCGCCGUGGUGGGCCUGUUCACCACACAGAGCAACAGCAUCGCGGGCUCGGCGGUGUGUGUGUACUACAUGGACGACAUCGAGAACGUUUUCAACGGGAAGUUCAGAGAGCAGAAGAACACAGAGGGGACCUGGACCCCCGUCCCAGAGGACCAGGUCCCAGUGCCCAGGCCCGGGUCGUGUGCCGGUGACGACUCCGCGGCGGCCUUCAGCUCGUCGGUUCGAUUCCCCGACGAGACGCUGACCUUCAGCAAGACGUCCCCUCUGAUGGACGAGGCCGUCCCCUCGGUCAACAACACGCCAUGCUACACCUCCACCUCCAGGGCCCGUCUGACCCAGGUGGCGGUGGACCCCUGGGCGGGGCCGGCCCAGGACCGGGUGGUGCUGUUCCUGGGCUCGGAGGACGGCCGGGUGCUGAAGGUGCUGGUCAGCACCCAGCGGGCGGAGGACCUCCACCCUGACGACACCCACACCACCCACCUGCUGGAGGAGAUCCACGUGUACAACCCCGACAAGUGCGCGGCGGGCAGCAGCAGGAGGGUCCUGGGCCUGGUCCUGGACCGGGCCCAUCGGGGGCUGCUGGUGGCCUUCAGGGGCUGCCUCAUCAGGGUCCCCCUCAGCCGCUGCUCCCAGCACGGGGCCUGCAGGACCGCCUGUCUGUCCUCCCGUGACCCGUACUGCGUCUGGCUGCGGACAGGAAGUUGUGUGGACCUGGUGCCGGGCUUCAGGUCAGGCUUUGAGCAGGAUAUUGACGGGGACCAUUCUCUCUACUCUGAUGGUUGUCAUGCAGGAGCCGCCUCCACCACAAGGAGUCAGGACUCUGGGGGAGACUACGACCCGGACCAGGACCAGGGUGGUCUCCAGGGUCCUAGUGUCCCCUUCUCUCUUCUCGUCACCUGCGUCCUCCUGGCCUUCCUAUUGGGCACCGUUCUGUCCGGCUCUCUGGUGUCGUGUUACUGUCGCCGUGGCUCCUCCCAGAGGGCGGAGCUAGCACUCGGGAAGGAGCUCCAGAUGCCCCUCCCCCACACCAUGUCUCUCCACUCAUUGGCCAAGCUCACCGGGUUGCUGGACCAAUCACAGGAGGAAAAGCUGGCCUGCUCCUGUCCUCAGAUGUACGCCUCCUUGAUCCCCAGAGGAGAACCACUCCUCUCCUCCUCUCAGCUCCUCCCCUCCUCUCAGCUCCUCCCCUCCCCCAAGCUCCUCCCCUCCUCUCAGCUCCUCCCCUCCCCCAAGCUCCUCCCCUCCUCUCAGCUCCUCCCCUCCUCCCAGCUCCUCCCCUCCUCUCAGCUCCUCCUCCAUCAGGUAACGCAGGACGACGCAGAAUUUUACCCACCCCAGCUGUCAAUCAAAGGGGAGGAGGACCACGCCCCCAGAGCUCUGCCUCCUCAUCCCGACCAACCGCUGCUCUCCAUCCUCCAUCACCAUGGCAACGCCCUGACCAACGGCUCCUCCUCGCGCCCCCCCCAGGAGAGGGGGAGCUCGGGGCCAGGGGGAGGUGGGGAGCAGGGGGAGUCGGCCCUGGAGGAGCUCCUCAAACACAUCCAGGAGGUGAGCGCCUCCGGCCAGGGGGGCAUCAAGGUCCUCACCUCCUCCUGCUCCUCCUCCUCCCCCUCCUCCUCCUCCCUCCUCUACCCGGGACACACCCACCAUCCCCAUGGCAACCAGCAGGAGAUCAGCCCCAACACGCGCUCCCACCACUACAACCUGAGCAGCCAUCACCAUAGCAACAGGACGGCGGAGCCGCCGGUGCCGGCCGCGGCGGGCGUCACGGUGACCACCCGCCACUCCCUGAGACACGCCCUCAUCAAGACGGGCGGCGGCGGGGGAGGGGCCGUGCCAAGACCCGCCCACUUCCUGGCGCGCAUGAACACCAACAGCAGCAGCAACGGCCCCUCGAGCGCUGCCGCCGCCACGCAAGCUAGCGCCGCCGCCAACGCUAGCGCCGCGGCAGCGCACGCCAGCACUAGCGGGCUAUCGGCUAGUGCUAUCCCCGCCGGCGCCGCGCACGCUAGCCCCGCCGUCGCCGCCCAGGCUAGCAGCGACGCGGUACACGGCAGCACUACCGGGCUAGCGGCUAGCGCUAGCCUGACGCGGCAGCACAGCUACAGCGACGGGCCCCGGGGCCCGCGGGCCGCCGCCCUGUGGAGGACGGGGUCCCUGAAGCCCCCGCUGCCCCCCAAACCCCUCCUGCUCCACCGCCCCUGCGCUACACCACCUAGCCCCAGUGCUACACCACCUAGCAUCGCUACACCACCUAGCACCACUGUUACACCACCUAGCAUCGCUACAUCACCUAGCAACAGCGCUACACCACCUAGUAUGGCUACAUCACCUAGCACUGCUACACCAGCUAUUACCAGCGCUACACCACCUAGCACCAGUGCUACAUCACCUAGCCCAAGCGCUACACCACCGAGUACCACCACUACACCACUUAGCACCAGCGCUACACCACCUAGCACGUCUACACCACCUAGCAUCGCUACACCACCUAGCACGUCUACACCACCUAGCAUCGCUACACCACCUAGCACCAGCGCUACACCACCUAGCACCGCUAGACCACCUAGCCCCAGCACUACACCACCUAGCACCACCGCUACACUACCUAGCCCCAGCGCUACACCACCUAGCACCACAGCUACACCACCUAGCCCCAGCGAUACACCACCUAGCACAGCUAAAUAACCUAGCACCACCGCUACACCACCUAGCACCGCUUAAUCACCUAGCACCACCACUACACCACCUAGCGCCGCCAAAUCACCUAGCACCACCUCGCACAGCUACAGGUAGGUACAGACACUGGGGACACAGCAAGCCAGCUAACAGGCUAAUGACAGCUUGCCAGCUAGCAGGCUAAUGACAGCUAGCCAGCUAGCAGGCUAAUGACAGCUAGCCAGCUAGCAGGCUAAUGAAAGCUAGCCAGCAUGCAGGCUAAUGACAGUUAGCCAGCUAGCAGGCUAAUGACAGUUAGCCAGCUAGCAGGCAGACAGUCAGACAGACAUUAAGACGGACAGACAUGGAGAAAGACAGACAGACAUCUCACUUCAUCCUUGCAAUAUGAGGAACAGGCACAUAAUUAAUAUAUACAUAAUUGUUGUAAUAAUCCAUAUUUUGAAUUAUUGGUUUGCCCUGACGGCAAACUGCUGGACUGACCAGAGAAGACGAACGUUUGAGUCACCAAGUGGCAUAUGAAUUGUUAAUAUUGAUUAUUAAUAUGGUUUAUUAAUUAAUAUGUCUUAUUAAUAUUGAUUAUUAAUACGGUUGCCGACUGGCAUGACUUCAGAUUAUGCAAUAGUUUAUAACUUCUUAUCCUCCCGGGGUCCGGCUGACUAGUGGAGUGUGAAGGGACUGAAGUGACGAGGUCUGUGAUCCCGUCCGUCAGCUUUUGAUAGAAUUGAUUUGAAUAAAACCCUUUGCUACGA